AUGGCGUCCCCGCGGGAGCUGACCCAGAACCCCCUGAAGAAGAUCUGGAUGCCGUACAGCAAUGGGCGGCCCGCCCUGCACGCCUGCCAGCGCGGUGUUUGCAUGACUAACUGCCCGACCCUCAUCGUCAUGGUGGGCCUGCCCGCCCGGGGUAAGACCUACAUCUCCAAGAAGAGUCAAUUUUUUCUCCCAGACAAUGAGGAAGGCCUGCGAAUCAGGAAGCAGUGUGCGCUUGCCGCGCUCGGUGACGUCCGCCAGUUCCUUAGUGAGGAGAGGGGACACGUGGCGGUUUUUGAUGCAACAAAUACUACCCGUGAGCGGAGGGAGACCAUCCUUAAUUUUGGGGAACAGAAUGGCUACAAGACUUUUUUUGUCGAGUCCAUCUGCGUGGACCCAGAGGUCAUAGCGGCCAACAUCGUGCAAGUGAAACUGGGCAGCCCCGACUAUGUGAACCGCGACAGCGAUGAGGCCACAGAGGAUUUCAUGAGGCGCAUCGAGUGCUACGAGAGCUCCUAUGAGUCGCUGGAUGACGACCUGGACAGGGAUAUGUCCUACAUCAAGAUUAUGGACGUGGGCCAGAGUUACGUGGUGAACCGGGUGGCCGACCACAUCCAGAGCCGCAUUGUAUAUUACCUCAUGAACAUCCACGUGACUCCCCGCUCCAUCUACCUCUGCCGGCACGGGGAGAGCGAGCUUAACCUCAAGGGCCGGAUCGGCGGGGACACGGGGCUGUCCCCCCGGGGCAGAGAGUUUGCCAAGGGUCUGGCCCAGUUUAUCAGUGACCAGAACAUCAAGGACCUGAAAGUUUGGACCAGCCAGAUGAAGAGGACCAUCCAGACGGCUGAGGCCCUGGGCGUGCCCUAUGAGCAGUGGAAGGCCCUCAAUGAGAUAGAUGCGGGUGUGUGUGAGGAAAUGACCUACGAGGAAAUUCAGGAUCAUUAUCCCCUGGAGUUUGCCCUGCGGGACCAGGACAAGUACCGCUAUCGGUACCCCAAGGGAGAGUCCUACGAGGACCUGGUCCAGCGUCUGGAGCCGGUCAUCAUGGAGUUGGAGCGUCAAGAGAACGUGCUGGUCAUCUGCCACCAGGCCGUGAUGCGCUGCCUGCUGGCCUACUUCCUGGACAAGGCGGCAGAACAGCUGCCCUACCUCAAGUGCCCGCUGCACACGGUCCUGAAGCUGACCCCCAUGGCUUACGGUUGUAAAGUGGAGUCCAUAUUCCUGAACGUGGACGCUGUGAACACGCACCGGGACAGGCCUCAGAAUGUAGACAUCUCACGGCCACCAGAGGAAGCCCUGGUCACGGUCCCUGCACACCAGUGACCACGCCUGGCCCGCUGCUGCAACCCCCCUGGGCAGGUGUGGUCUCGGCAGUAAGGUCGUUCCAGCCGCCCCCUGGUCCUGUGACAGUCGUCGUGCACGUGUGCCCUGGAAGCCCUGUGGGCUGGGGGUGCUGACCGCCAGUGAGGGAGCUGUACGUGGUACCCGACCUGCUCUGGAGAACCUGCCCGGGCCUGCAGAGGUGUCCCCGCGCCUGACUCUCUCUCAGCUCUUAGGGGUCUUCUCUCUGGCUCGGGGCUGCGUGAAACCCUAACAUGUGAAAUGGAAAGUGCGUCCCUGUCCUGCUGUGUGCCACCCCCGCCCCUGCUCCCGGGGCUGGCCGGGCACCCCCUGACCCUGACGACCUCCUUCUGAGGUGGAGAGGGGGCAGUGCUUGGUGGGAUUUGAAGGCCGCCUCUUUUCCCACCUGGACAGCCGCUGACCAGGCCUUUGUAGCUGCGCCCCUGCACCUGCGAGCCUUCGGGAUGCACAGAAGCACUUGGGGAGGGGGGGGCCCUGUGGCCACCCCUUCCCAACCGAACAGACACUGAGACACGGGGGUGGGGGGCAAGGCCGCCCCUCCCAACUGCUCCCCCAGUGAAACUACUUAACGGCG